CCCGGUCAUAACAUGUGACGUAUGCGGAAGCGUAUUCGUUCAUCCGAGGAGCCGCGGAGCAGAGGCACAGCGGACCGUGGCCCGGGCAGGUCGAUGUAAUGAUGGCGUCCUCUCUUUAGCACCUGCUAAGUGUUAGCGGCGUCAGGAUGCAGAUCCUGGUGAAGAAGCUUCUCGGCCUGCUGGGAUUGUUCGGCCUCAUGCUGGCUGGCAUUCUGGUCCCAGUGCGCCUCCUGCUGGUCGACUACGACAAGGCACACAAGUACAGGAGAGCGCUGUCUCUCUGUAACUCGUUUGGAGGAGGCGUGUUCCUCGCGACAUGCUUCAACGCUCUGCUGCCCGCCGUCAGAGACAAGGUGGGCGACGUGUUUCAAAAGCUGCAGAUCAGCAGUAAUUAUCCUCUGGCGGAGACGAUGAUGAUGCUGGGUUUCUUCCUCACCGUGUUCGUGGAACAGGCCGUCCUCACCUUCAAGAAGGAGAAACCAUCCUUCAUCGACCUGAAAACCUUCAACGCCGGCGGCUCUGAGGCCGGCAGUGACUCAGAGUAUGAUACGCCCUUCAUCUCCUCAGCAGGGGGAUCACCUGACGGGGCCAGAGGCAGCGGUCACCGCUCACAUGGACACCUGCACGGACACUUCAACCCGGUGGAGCUUGCGGGGGCAAGGCCUCUGCGGCUUGUGAGCCUGGUCCUGGCUCUGUCGGCUCACUCGGUGUUUGAGGGUCUGGCGCUCGGCCUGCAGGAGGAUGGAGCCAAGCUGGACAGCCUCUUCCUGGGUGUGGCCGUACAUGAGACGCUGGCCGCUGUCGCCCUUGGCGUCAGCAUGGCCAAGGCGUCACAGGGCAUGAAAGAUGCUGCCAAGCUGGGUGUCACCGUCAGCCUGAUGAUCCCACUGGGCAUGCUGGUAGGAAUGGGCAUCGAGUCGGCUCAGACGCUGGCGGGUGGCGUGGUAUCAGUGGUGCUGCAGGGACUUGCAGCCGGGACCUUCCUGUUCGUCACCUUCUUCGAGAUCCUGUCCCGAGAGCUGGAUGACAAACAGGACCGCCUCCUCAAAGUGCUCUUCCUAAUCCUCGGAUACGCUGUGCUGGCCGCUCUCGUCUUUGUCAAGUGGUGACGGAAAGGAAGUCGCAGACUCUCAUGACGAUACCAAAGUAAACCCUGUAGCUGCUUUCAGACACUGGACUCCACAGUUCCUCCGUAUUUUCUCAGGAGGAAGUGCAUGUGAACACAGUUUCUACGUCUUUGUCCACCAGGACUCCUGAUUUAAUGUCUUAAUAAAUGUCUGUUUAAAUUCAGGAGAGAUUGUGGGGAUAAGAGCUGAUGACGGUGUCAGGUGAUGUAAACAUGAUCACAUGAUCUCUGUAGGGGGGUAAUUGGAACUGUAUUUUGAAAAUCACAAUCAUUCAGUCACAUGUUCACAUCGAUCCACCAUCAUGAGACCCUGCAGCUGGAACGGAGCGAACAUCUGGUCGUCAGAGUGACGGAGAAAAUACAAACUAUUCCUUUAUCUGGUCUUUGAAUAAAGGCGGAAACAUCUGGAGCAGCUGGAUGAAGAGUCUUUGAGUCUUUGAACGUGAGGUCAGCUCAUGUUUCUCUGAAGUUUCAUAAAAACAAGUUAAAUCUUAACCUUUAUUUCCUCGUGGAUUCAAAGAUGAUUUUUUAAAUUUAAAAUCUUGUCGUUUACGUUUCCUUCCCAGUGGUUUUCUUCUUUACUGGUUUUGUUGGUGAGUUCUUCUGUCACUGUGAAGUCAUUUCAUCCAGAGGCUAGUAAUAUUAUUAUGUAAUAUAGAUAUUAUACGUGUGAUAGAGUCCAGUCACAGAAGGAUCAGUGAGGCUGAGCUCAAGGGAUCAUGUCAUAUUCUGACCUGUAACUGUGAUCAGUAAACCAAAAACAUUUCAGACUGAGUUCAGGUUUGACUGGAGACACAGCAGGUCAUUGAAUAUACAGGUGUACCUAAUAAACUGACCUGAGUUUAUAUUCAUGCUGUAGUGAAGUGAUUCUGCAGCUUGACUCUUUAAUUUAUUAAAACCUGCUGAUAACAAACUAAAACUCUGAAAACAGAUUUAAUCCAUAGAUGUAACGAAUCACUGGUG